AGUGCCAGAAACUCAGCGAGAGUAUUACCGCAGUAUAGCUCUGAGUAGUAGGGAAUUACCGACCGACUGCUUGUCACUACCAACCACUCAUGGCAGCUUCUCCGGCAACGUCGUAUCAUGACCCACAGCAGAUAUGCGACUACGUCCUCCUGCGUCACGCAGACGUCGCGAAGGAUGCAGUGAGCGAGAGGAUAUACAAGAAGUGGACAAGGCUCUGGGUGGUAGCUCAUUGCCAGGUGUCACCGUUGGACAGUUUCUUGAGCCACUGCAAGAAGGAGAGCCAGUGGCUAAAAAACGAUCGCUCCGUCUCCAAAUACGAUCUCAGCAAUGUCACCGUCUCCCUGACUUCGACGAGGAAACACGACAAAGUCAUCAGAAUCGUGCUUCCGUCGUUCACAAUCGAGCUGGCGUUUGACUCGCAGACAAAGAUGGACCUCUAUUUCAAGCUACUCUCCAAAGUGUCCGUGAGGUACCACGUGGACCUAGUGAGAGCGCCAGAGCACCCAGAGAGAGAAGGGGACUACAUCAUCGAGGAUUGCUCCGAAUCGUACAGGGCGUGGAAAGUUCUAGAAAACGGCCGAGGGAAGUUGUCCUGGAAUUGGAACCUUAGGACCAUACGAAGAAUCCACUACCAUAAGAAUGUUGAGAAACUGGAGGUUGAAGCUGGGAGGCUGGCAGAGACGGGUGAGGGACACUUCUUCUUUACGGGGAGACACGCCUAUCGUCUGUUUGAAGCCAUGAAGACGGAGCUAAUGGCGCGGGCACAGCAAAAGACACACCCCGAGAACAAGUCCCUCCCACCUUCCCUCUCGGCAAACCACUCGAACCUCUCCCGCUCUGCUUCCUCCGUGAGUGACGGGAGACGACAGGGUCACCCCCUGACGGCCAGCGUCCACAUGAACUCCAACGAGCAGACCUCAUCUACCUCGGGGCAGAAACCACCACUUGGCCCCCGUUUCUCCCAUUCUAACGGAGCCAAGAGCUCGGCAUCUCUGGAGGAGAGUGAGACGAGUAGCGAGGACUACAGUCCGUCCGACAACAGCAGUAGCUUCACUGGUACCGGAGGAAGUCUCCACGAUUGGACCACGCCCUCCCCUACCCCACUCGCGGGGAACGGGAUGUUCGAACGAACGCCGAUACUUCCUCCAAGAAUCUCAGACGCCCGUCCCUUCUCUCCUUGUUCCACCACCUCUUCUUCUUCGUCGUCGACCAGCGGGUACAACGUCCCCCGACGCUCCUGCCUCCCUCCUCCUCCCACUUCCUCCUCAGGGACGCCGCACUACAUGAGAGUGAAACGCGACGAGAUGGACGGGGACAGCGACUACAUGACCAUGAACCCCGCCCUCCGGAAGAAGACUCCGCCCACUGCCGAGGAAGCGGCCGAAAACGAGGACGAGGAAGAUGAGGAGGAAGAGGAGGAGAACGACGAGGAGUAUGUUGAUGAGGAGUAUGUGGAGACCUAUACUGACAUGCAAUCGGCUCAGACCGACAUCCCCGCCGAUUUGGUAGAUCAGUACAUGCGGAUGGUUCCUAUUGGAGGUUCCCAGAUUGGCACACUCACCAGGAGUAAUGGUGGCCCCGCCCACUCUGGUCGGCCGUCCUCCGUGCCUCCUCCCUCACCACCUCCUCAGUUGGCAUCGCGGUUCAGGGAGCUCAAAAUCAUCGAGUCGUCUUCCAACACUUUCCCCGGGGCCAACCGGGAAGGCACUAACUCAUAGUGUGGUCAAUAUUGGCCGUAUAUAUACCGAUACUUUAUGUCAUAUUGCUUUGUUCGUUUCAUUGUGGUCAUCAUAACAUGCAGUAAUUAUUGUUGUAUAAUUAUUAAGAAGUGGAGUGUGUGAUUUUUAAGGAGCAUUGUGUUGUUUCAUUUCUGUAUAUAUAGUAGAAUGCUUUUCGGUAUAAAAUUCAUUUCUCAUUUCUAAAAUUAUGAACGAAGUUGGACAU